UCCCCUCGUGCCAUUUUGUAUUAAAAUUGGUUCAUCAAUGACACAUUCUAGAUCCGCACGUCUCCCAAUCCAGUCACCGGUAUUUCCCCAGCUUCGAUUCCAAGUAUUGCUCAGUCAGUCGGGAUAAACAAAUGUAUCGGGAAAAUACGAAAUCGACCGAGUAGUUCCGAGGGGAAAUGGCACUGGGAAAUCCCCAUUUCUUAGAAGAAACAACCAGUACUUUUUCUUAGAAUUGGCACACAGUGAAUUGUUACAGUAAUCAACGAAUUCAACAAAGAUGGUUAGAGUUCUUAGUAGAAUAGUAACUACAUCCCCUUAUUCAUAUCUAUGAGAUGUGAAAAUAAUUAGGCGUCGUUACACCUGUGAUGCUCAAAAUGAGCUGAAGAACGUAUAACAAUCGUUACAAUGUGCCAACUAAUUUGGUAAUGACAACCGACAUUGUGUAAUACGGUCACUUUAUCAGUUGUCGGUCUGACACUAGUAAUUUACUUAUAAACUUGAAGAUUGAAACGGCUGUACUCAUUUAUGGACAAGAUGACACAGAUAGCUAAGCUAGAGCACCUAGUGAAAGAGUUGCAAGAUCAAGACCUAACGAAAGAGUGGGCCGUUUUAUAUGCAAAACUUGACUUUGUAAUCCGGAAAAGAUAUGCUGAAUACAUUGAGAACUGGUACAGUGAUGGAGACAUGGAUACUGAUGAUGGACAGGGCAUGAAUCAUGGGUCUUCUGGGGAUACUCUUUAUAACAAUCUUCUACAAAAGAUUGACAAUGAUAUCAGCAGAAUCAGCAGGCGAGAAGAUAACAGCAAACACAUCCAUGAUACGUUGUUUGAGCUCAGCUUGGCCAGGGAAAAGCUGGUGGAUCUUUUUCAGGACAGCAUGGACCAGUUGCCUUCAGUUGUACAAGAAUGUCUGAAGAAGGAACAGGAACUUCUGAACAAUUACAAGAUUCGAGUUCAGCAGGAAGAGAGAUGUUCACUUGUUUUCAGUUCCUGUGUUACGGAUCAACAGUUAGCUCAACUGGAGAGCACAUGGCUGGAGAUAGAAAAGUUUUGCUCACAAGCUAAAGUAAAGCUGAGUGUUUUCAGUGAGAAGCAUCAAGAGUUAAAGGAUUUCUUGCAGCGUGAUCCUGCACCUGUGCAAAAUGGCAGCAGAACUUUCUUUGAAGAAUGCUUGCUAGAUCACAACAGAGAUGUAAAAUCCUGUUCUGAUAUUAAAGAGGGCAUCCUGCAGGAGACUAACAAGUACAUCUUGGACCUGGAGAAGUUGACAGUGUCAGUCCUGAACAUGGUGGAUGAGUGGAGACACCAGCAGAAACUGGCAUAUGUAAAGGCAGCCACGGAGCCUGACAUAAGUCAGUUGAGGAAGUGUUGUGCCAGGUUGGGAAGUCUGAUGGACCGAGUGUUUUUCUUCGUGACACAUACCGAUUUUUAUGAAAUUCUCACCAAAACACAUGCAUCAAUUAACCCAGCUGGUUUCACUGCAGUCCCGCUGCCAGUGAACGAGGGACCAGUGAAGGAGAUUGGAAUGAAGGUGAAGAAUAUGCUGGAACAGUGUCUUAAAAGGACAUUUGUUGUUGUCAAGCAGCCUCCAGAAUUAAUAAAGAUGUCAGGUACCAAAAAAUCUGGGAGCAGUCGUGAAUUUGAAGCUUCUGUUUGUAUCCUUGCAGCCAGGAAUCAGAACAUUGAACAGUUUUCAUCAACGGUUCAAGCCUCUUUCUGCCUGGAAUCGGAUAUAUCUAAAGGAACAAAAACAAAGUAUGAGUUGAAGGGCAGUUCUGUUAAUUUUCAAACGGAAGCUGAGGCCGAGUUCAGAGAGCUGAAAGUGAAGGAAUUCUCUCGCGACGACAGCAAGUCGAAGGAAACUCGGGUGUGGCAACAGAGAUACCGACUGGUUUUCAGAGUUAAAAUUACCUUUCGGACAGAAUUUGUUUUUGAGCUGGAGACUAUGUCCUUGCCAGUUAUACUGAACACUGGAAGCAAUCAAGAAUGUUCUGCACUUGGACAUUUGACGUGGUACUGUUAUAACCAUAAUGCGUAUGAUCUGUCAAAAGACUUUCCAUUGGAGAUUCCAUGCAGCACUGCCCUAGAGAUGCUCAAUUCCUGCAUUAAAAGUCUUGGAGGAAGGCAGCUGAAAGACAAAGAAAAGGAAUACUUGGCACAUAAAAUGACCGGACAAAGGACAAAGAACUAUUCUGAUGUUAAAGUUUCAUUUAACCAGUUUUGUGAAGUGAACAUGGCAUCAAAGGAGAAAACCAGCAAAGACAAAAGCAGUGAGUUUUCAUUCUUCAAGUGGUUCCAUGCCAUUCGAAACCUGCUGCUCAAAUAUCUGCUACAACCUUGGAAAGAUGGAGUGAUCGAAGGCUUUAUCAGUGGAAGCACUGCGAAGAUGCUUCUUAAAGAUGAAAAACCUGGAACAUUCUUCCUUCGCUUCUCCGAAAGCUAUGUCCAAGGUGACUACCAAGGAGUAACUGGUGGCAUUGUUGCAGUGAUCAAGUUACAAGAUGAAGUCAGUAUGACGCCACCUGAAUCAACCAGUAGGUUUGCUACAAGGAGUCUGUAUGAAAACCUGCGACAGUACAUUGGUCAUGAGACGAGGGAAAAGAUGAUGAAAUGGAUCUAUCCAACUUACAAACCAUUUGAAGAUGUGUUUCAAAAGUAUGACACUGUUCCAGAUAACAAAAGCACAACCUCUCAAUAUCCUGGCUGGGAGCAAUUUUUGGGUCUCAGUUUAAGCAAACUUCAGUUGGUGGACCACAGUACCGAAGUUAAGCAUGAAACAGACAUUGUUAAAAUGUUGGCCAACAGUGAAACAACUUUAGUUACCCCCAACAAUCCUAGAAUGAAGCAGACCAACAGAGUCUCAAGAGUCAAGGACAAAACAGCCGUUACCCAGAGAGAUCCUUCCACUGCAACUAUCCCCAAUUUUUUACAAGACGACGACAACACUACUCUGCCAAGAUUUGAAAUAAUGGGGUGCAGUGUUGACACAAAUGGACAACAUUUGACAAAAAUUAUGAAAUCUGAUGCAGCUUUAAUUGCUAGACAGUCUAAUCUUCAGCGAGUUCCAACCAAAGCUAGUCUGAAAAGAACACGGUUAUCACAUGGCUCAACAAGUGGCGGCAUCGUCUCAGAAAAUCCUGGAGUGUGUUCUAACUUCAACACACAGUCUAUUCCCAAGUUAGAGCUGCCAAAAGUUACCAUCUCAUCAGACAUCCUAAAAAGCUUGCCAGAGUCACAAGUUGCAGGAAUCAAUACCUCUUGUCCGGAAACAAAUCGGUUUGCCCAAAAUCGGGAUUAUGGGAGUCUGUCAUUUGAUCCCACUAAUACAACACAGUCUAGCCUGUUAAGUGGCAGUGGGCAGCAGUGGCCUGUCACCACUGAGAUCAUUACUAUUGUUGGAGACAACCAGCACACGACGACCUUCACCGACCUGUUACUUUACGCAGAAUCAACUGUCCGGCACUGAUAAUUUUGCUGACUCAAACCAAUAUUCUGUUUCGCCAAGAUCCCAGGUUUCCUCACAAUCCGAUGGCACAGAAUCGAUGUCGCCACCACAGCUGCAAAGCCGACAGAUUCAGCACCAGGUUUCCAUGGAGAGCAACCCCUCAACCAACAGCUCUCUGUGUGACACGUCCUCUGUGUUUACCACCGAGAAAGGAUCUCCCCAACAGCUGAUUGUAGAACCGGUGCAUGAAAACUGGGAAUGGAACACAAUUAAUCCAUCUGUGACUCAAUUGUGUCUGUCACAAAACAAUGAUCCCUAUAUGGAUGCCUGAACUGAAAUUACGACAGAAUUACUACUGAUCUUGGUCGACAUUUAAAUGCUGGACAUGGUGUCAGAAUUGCAAAUUGAGCAACACAUUGACAGCAUAUAAAAUAAAGUUAGAGCGAAA